UUACUGGAUCCUACAAACAUUCAGAGACACGCAGGAAAGUGAAACUCACAGAGCAGAAAACAGUUCUCGCCGCGUGGAAAGACAAACGGACAAAGUGUCUGUGGGAGAAACCCACCGAAGAACCUCUGUGACAUCUGGAGGCAGUGGACGCAGUGACACGCAGAAGUUUCACUGCUGGACAGAGGAUCUAUUCUACUUUACUGUGAAAUCUAUUCUCAGUGUGUGCAGACUGGAGGUUUCACAUCACCGUUGUGAAAGUUUCAUACUGAACCAUGGCUGGAUCCAAAAUGCUGUUUUAUGGUCAUAUAUCCUGCAGGUACCUUCAGGUGUCCUCGGUCUCAUGUCACUUGCUAUCCAACAAUUCUUUGUGAGGCGGUUUAGUCUCAUCCCACAGAAAAUGAAGAGAAUCUCACUCGGCUCAUGUGGCCUCCUGGUCCCAGUGCAGAGAGGAACAGGUGUGAUGGCAAAUCUCAUUCCAAAGGUGCUGAGCAGCUGAUAGUUUGUCAUCAGAGGAGACUUUGAGGCUGAUGUGUCAUUGACGUUGGGUCUGUGAGCAGAACUCACAGGAGUCAGGAAACAUGGCUUGUACAUCACAGUCCGCCUUAAAUUAUGUCAAGAGUGCCAGAAGGCACCUUGUGAGAGAAUUACAGAAUCUCUCUGUGAUUCUGGAGAACUUGAAUCAGAAAAGAUUUCUCAGUGAUGAGGAUGUCAGAAACAUACAGGCAGAGGGUGAUGACUACGAUAGAACCAGAAAAAUCCUGGACUCGGUCAUGAUAAAGGGGGAAGCAGCCUGCUACGAGUUACUCAGAAUUAUUGACGUGACGAGGAACAGGACUUUAGAAAGGCCGGCUCCUGUCCCUGAGAAAAACACUGGAGCUUCCACUGGAACCCAGAAGUUUGACCUUCACCACUGGAUCAGCUGCUUUUCUUUCAACGAAGACACACAAAUGGAUGUGGACUACCUGCAAGGACCAAGACCAUGCCACAGAUAUCAGAAAAAGUUGAAGUUUAAAGCACAAAAAUUAUCUCAAGAGUUUUGGAAUGCAAGUAAAAACCUUUUUGAAGAAAACAGGAGGCCUGAUCUGUCAUACACCUCACUUGUAUUAGACACACAGAAAAGCACCUCUUUGUCUAAAAUCAAGAAAGUGAAGAAAAAGAAAGGUAAGAUGAGUCGACAUAAGAAACUGAGGACAUACAUCCCUGAGGACAAACCAAAAAUUUCCCCCACUGACCUUCUGAAAACACAAGAAAACAUCCUCUUGGUCGGGAAGCCUGGAAUUGGAAAAACAGCAGUCGUUUGUGAAAUGUUGAGACUGUGGGCAGAAAAGGACAACAAGGAGUUAGAUUACAUGUUCUACUUUGACAUGAGGGAAAUGUCCCAAACCACACAAACUAUGAGCCUGAAGGAUCUUCUUUUCAAUGCGUUCAGUGAACCAGAUGGAGGUGUGGAUGAGGUUUUACAGGAUAUAAAGAGUAACUCUGAUAAUGUUACCAUCAUUUUUGAUGGAGUCACAGAUCUGUCUCCAUCAGUGGUGCGGAAGCUUGUAGAGAAAGAACUACUACCUGAUGCAAAGAUCAUCAUAACCUGCAGACCAGAUGAUGAGGAAGACUUCUUCUCUGAGAACUGUCUCAGAGUGGAGGUGAAAGGAUUUAGUGAGCAGACCAUAAAGUCCUACUUAUCUGCAAUGCUCAGCGACACACAGAAGGUUUUGAGCAGCUUGGAGUUGCUAACUCUUUGCCAUGUACCAAUGUAUGCUCUGAUGGUGGCUGCCUGUUCUUCAUCAGAAGACUCUCCACAACCAUGCACUAUAACAGAAAUCUACAUCGACAUUGUUCGUUACUGCCUUCAGAUAAACAGCAACAAAACAAAUAGCAAAGAUCUAAACUCCAUCAACACCAAGAGAGAGGAAAUACUGUCUUUGGCUGAAAAAGCUUUUCAUGCAACUCAGGGAAAAACUGUGAACCUGACUGAAGUGCCCUGUAAAGACAGCUGUGUCCUUUCCUUCCUGAAAACACUUUUUAUCAAUGAAAAAGAAACUAGACACGCAUUCCUCCAUUACACACUGCAGGAGUUUUUUGCAGCCGUGUGGCUCUUAAAGAAUCCUGAUAAAAUCAGGAAUGUUUUUCAGCAGAGCCUCACUGAGGAGAUGAAACACAUGAAACAUUUGAUCCCUUUCAUGUGUCGACUGUUGAACAAGAAGAGCCCAAGUUGGAUGAAGUGUCUGAUUCCAGCUGAGGAGCUCAACAGUACAUCUAAGUGGUUCUUUAAGGAGCUGAUAACCACAUUUAUCCCAGAUGUCGACAUAUUGUUCUUAUGCCAGUGCUUGUAUGAGUCCCAGAGUCCAGAGGCAUGCAUCUACCUUCUAGACAAACUGGACUACCGUCUUGAACUCUGUGGAGAGAGUCUUGAUCCUUACCCCUGCUGUGCUGUGGCCUAUGUGGUCAAUCAGUCAAAGGAACGGAAAAUAAGGUUGAACCUUGAUGAUGAUGUCACGAUAUCAGAGAAAGGAAUGAGACAACUGUUUGGGUGCCUUCAAAAUGUCCAAUGGUGUGACCUUUUGCCACAGCAGCUGUGGAAGAUUUUUCUUCUCAGUGAAGAACAGAUGGACUUUGUAAGUUUACUUGGCCUUGAUGACAAUCAGUUGCACCUUCCAGUGGAGGGUAAAAAACAGCUGUUUGAAAGAGCUGUGGAAGUCAUGAAGAGGAUGACAACAAAGGUCAAUGUCUGCCUCUACUGGGACAGAGAAACUCCUGUCUGCCAGAGUCGCUGUGAGUCCCUAAUAGAGGCUUUGCCAUACAUCAGCUCACUGAGAGUUCAGUGGUGGAAGUUCGGUCUUGAUGAAACAACCAGGUUGUUUGUGAAUCUGUUCUGUGCAGCAGCAGAGAGAGAACAGCAGACAGGAGAGAAGAUACUGGAGCUGUUAUCAUCAGUGUGCAGAUAUCAAACAUUUCCUUUCAAUCACAUAGAUGAUAACCAUCAGAGUGAUUUCCUGCUGGAUCUGUUCUCUCAUGUGAAGGACUGUGAGACUAAAACAGGUCUGAGAGUCCUUCCAUCAUUACAGUCAGUUUUCCAGUCAGCUCCUGCAGUCUGGUCCAUAAACCUCUCAGAGAGAAAGACCUCCAUCCUCCUGGAAGUGCUGAAACUCCAAUCAGGGAAGAAACAAGUGAAGCUGACAGACUGGUCACAUGAAGAGAGUGAAGUGAGGAGUUUCCUGCAGUGUCUGCCUUAUAUCUCACAGCUCAGAGUUCAGCGGUUAAAUCUCGAUAAAACGACCAGGUUCUUCAGGAAUCUUUUCUGUGCAGCAGCAGAGAGAGAACAGCAGACAGGAGAGAAGAUACUGGAGCUGUUAUCAUCAGUGUGCAGAUAUAAAACAUUUCCUCUGAAUAACAUAAAUAAUAAAUAUCAGAGUGAUUUCCUGCUGGAUCUGUUCUCCCAUGUGAAGGACUGUGAGACUAAAACAGGUCUGAGAGUCCUUCCAUCAUUACAGUCAGUUUUCCAGUCAGCUCCUGCAGUCUGGUCCAUAAACCUCUCAGAGAGAAAGACCUCCAUCCUCCUGGAAGUGCUGAAACUCCAAUCGGAGAAGAAACCAGUGGAGCUGACAGGCUGGUCACAUGAAGAGAGUGAAGUGAGGAGUUUCCUACAGUGUCUGCCUUAUAUCUCACAGCUCAGUGUUCAGCGGUUAGGUCUUGAUAAAACAACCAGGAUCUUUGUGAAUCUGUUCUGUGCAGCAGCAGAGAGAGAACAGCAGACAGGAGAGAAGAUACUGGAGCUGUUACCAUCACUGUGCAGUUAUAAAACAUUUACUCUUAAACAAAAAUGGUGUGAUUUCCUCCUGGACCUGUACUCUUAUGUGGCUGAAACAGGUCUGAGAGUCCUUCCAUCAUUACAGUCAGUUUUCCAGUCAGCUCCUGCAGUCUGGUCCAUAAACCUCUCAGAGAGAAAGACCUCCAUCCUCCUGGAAGUGCUGAAACUCCAAUCAGAGAAGAAACCGGUGGAGCUGACAGGCUGGUCACAUGAAGAGAGUGAAGUGAGGAGUUUCCUGCAGUGUCUGCCUUAUAUCUCACAGCUCAAACUGAGUGAAGAUCAUGUCCAGCAGCUGCUGGUCUUGGUCCAUGAAGUCCAGGACCAGGACUUGACGUUGUCUUUGUUGAAUGCGCUUUCUGGAGACCUGACCUCCUGCAGCCUGAACUGGGAGCUUCUUCACUAUCUGCUGCAGCAGUGUCCAGCUCAGACCAUCACUGUGAACCUGAGGAAGAACCGCUUCUUACAGGAGAGCACCGCUCGUCUGCUUCCCUUUCUGGGCAGGAUUGUGAUUAAAAGGCCCAGUCCCAGCUUGGUGAUGACUUCCAUCAGAGAGCUGUACAGAGCUCACGCCAGUCACAUGGUCCCCAGUUUGCUGAGGUCAUUGGAUCAUGUGAUCAACCUGAGCUGCAGAGAACUGGACUCAGUGGACUUUGCUGCUCUGCUCUUCACCCUCAGACACAGUGACAGAGUUAAACUGAACCUCCGGUGGGCCUCCAUCCCAGCAGAAGGAACACAAUCCAUCCUCUCUACGUUGGACAGAGUUUCUCAGCUCAGUGUGGACAGGAAUCAGCUGCUGAGGUUCAUCCACUGCUGUGCUGCCUCUGACGCCCAGCAGGAGGCAGCGUCCGGCCUGCUGAGGACUCUGCAGCACCGCUUGGAUCUGUCCUGCCAGUCCUGUGUGGAUCUGCAAGAGGAGGAUCAGACUGAGCCUCUGAGUCUGACUGCUGAUGACUGCAGGGCCGCAUCCAUGGUCCUGAAACACUGCAGCCGGGACACUCAGCUCCACCUGCAGGACUGUGAGGUGGAGGACGGAGGACUGGACCUGCUGUUUUCUGUCCUGGACAGGGUCCGCCUCAGAGUCAGUAAAAGUGUCCUCCUCCAGCUGCUGUCCCUGCUUCCUGUCCACUCUGAGAGGGACACAGUGAGACGGGCCGAGUCCCUGUGUGGAGCUCUGGGUGGAGAGCUGGACCUCAGUCACAGCACACUGGACCAGAGGGUCUGUGGAGGUCUGGUCCAGAUGCUGGACUCCUGUGAAGGACUGACUGAGCUGGACCUCAGUCACUGUCAGCUCAGCGACCAGCUGCUGCUGCCCCUCAUCACACAUCUGCACAAAGUCCAGGUCCUGGAUCUGAGAUACAAUCAGAUCACAGAUGCCUCCACAGAUGUUCUCCUCCAGCUGAUCUCCAUCCACUCCUCCAUCCACACUGUGCGACUCUUCAGCAACGACAUCGUGGACAGAAGACCCUUUGAGAAGCACAAGCAGUUUGAAAUGUGGUGAAGCAGUCAGGAGGUCAUGUGAUCAUCAAGGAGGAACUGUUGGAUGUCGUCAUUAAAAAGCCGUUUCUCCUCUUGAUGAGAUGAAAACAUGGAGUUCAUUCUGGUCAUCAGGAGUGUGUGACGUAGAGACUUUAGUUGAAACAAGCUUUGAUUUUGACCACAUUAGAUUCUCUGUUUUUUACAAUCAGUAAGACGACACUUUAUCUGGAGGCAAAGAGCAGCCAGCAGUGUUUUCUAAGACUUCACCACGUAUGUUUGACAUUAUUAGUUAGUGGAGCUAAUUUUUCUGUUUGCUACCAUGUAAUGAUGGUCUAAAAAUUAUUUAUUUAUUGUGACAAAACAGAGACUGUAACUGUCAGUGUUGUGAACAGACUGAAGUUAUAUUUUUCUACUGCCAUGAUAACUGUAUUUAUGUUCAAACACAAAAAUGUUACCUUAUUUUAAGUAUUUGUUUCAAAAACUUUGUUGUGAAAAAAUGAGAUUUGGAAAUUUGUGUUUCUUGUGCCUUAACUUGUCAUUUUGUAAAGAUGUUAUUAUUUUUGCUGUUUCUUUUAUUUUAUUAUUUGGAAGUACCAGAGUUUGCAUGUUAUUUUAAUUUUUUGUCUGUCUGAUCACAUCCUUUCUGUAAAAUAAAUCGGACAUUAUAGUCAAACAGA